UUGCAGAAGAUUCACAUGACGUCAGAGAACCAGCUCCAGGUCAAAGAAUUACUGAGAGAACUCCAAAGCCAAGAAUAUAACACACCUGAGUCAGGCUCAGAUUAUGGGCCAGAGGAGGAAGAGGAGGAGGAAGAGUAUGAUGAACUGGACCACCGUGAGGAAGGCCAGUUCUGGACUACACACGAUGACGGAGUCGAAUGUGCAGAGGAUUGUGGGUAUGAGGAGAGCGCCGAAGAGGACACAUGCACGACCCCUGACCCUGUGGUCUCUUUGUUUGCCUUAGGUACACUUUGCAGGUAUGGUUUUGAUCGCGAACGCUGCAGGCGGGCUUUGGAGGCGGGACAGGGUCGUUCGAGGGAAGGGCGUUGCCACGGAGAAGUGGGAGCUACUCUAGAGCUCCUGCUCUCUCAGAUGUUCUCUGAACGCUUCGGAGCUGAUGCCCUCAGCGUUCAGGGAUCCAGUGUUCCCUCGCAUGAAGAGUGUGUGUCCCUGCGCCAAGAGGAAGCCCUGGCUUUGACCGCCAUCUACGGGGAGCGAUUCUGUGAGCGAAUCGCUGACCGUGUAUGGAUAAUCAAUCUGGACCUGCUCUGGCUUACUGAGAGGCGGAGUCAGAACACAGACUCAUUGAAUGCUAAACGUUACACAAGUUCAUCCACACAGAUAUGCAAAUUCUACUUAAAAGGGUCAGGUUGUAAGUUUGGCAACCGCUGCAAAUUCAAGCACCAAAGACAGGCUGCGUCCAGCGGCCCGACUGCCUCGUGCGGGUCAAGCCAGCCUGGGUUCAGCAGCGCAGACCCCUCUGUGUAUCAGCUGGAGGUCCGUUUUCCACAGGGCAGCUUGUACCCCUUCCAGCCUCCGCUAGUAGCCUUCAGUACAACCGACGAAACGCUUUCCGGGGCAGGACGUCUCAGCGUCACAGAAUACCUCUUCAGCCAAUCACUUAGUGCUGCACAAGAGGGUGAGCCUGUGGUAUACACCCUCAUUUCAUGCAUAGAGGAUGAAGGGCCAGUCAAGGAGCUGUUUUCCAGUGCUCAUCACAAGUACAGCUCCCCGCCUCCUGUAUUGGCUCCACCCACUGUCUCUGUGACUAGGAGCAAGAGUAACAAGAGCUCCAUGGCGACCAGCACAGCUACUGUGAACCAAGCAACCAAUUCUGAGGCUGAUAACACCACCAGCAGAGGCAGAAAUAUAGAAGUGGAGUCUGUGAACACCAAUGACGAAGAGGAGGAUGAUGAAGAAGACAUGGAAGAAGAAUCCGUUCCAGUGGAGAGCGAGAGCUAUGUGAACCUUAGAAAGAAGAUGGUAAAGACUGAAAUUAAGAUUGAAGAAGUCCAACAGGAGAAUAAGAAACUCUGUAAGGAGUUUAAGAGAAAACAGUCGUCUAGGCGAUACCUCUCCAUGCAGCAGCAGAGGCAGAAGUUACCUGUGUGGGAGGAGAAGCAGCGGAUUCUGGAGUGUCUGGGAAAAAAUCAGGUUCUUGUGAUCAGUGGAAUGACUGGGUGUGGUAAAACUACCCAGAUUCCUCAGUUCAUUCUAGACCAUUCCCUAAGUGGGCGAACUGAGGGCGUGGCCAACAUCAUUUGCACUCAGCCGCGGCGAAUCUCUGCCAUUGCCGUGGCAACGAGGGUGGCUCAGGAAAGGGCUGAGACCCUGGGUCAUUCUACAGGCUACCAGAUUCGUCUGGAGACAGUCAGGUCUUCCAGCACCAGACUGUUGUUCUGUACCACCGGGGUUCUGUUGCGAAGGCUGGAAGGAGACGCGGAGCUCAGAGGAGUCACACACGUCAUAGUGGAUGAGGUGCAUGAGCGGACAGAGGAGAGUGACUUCCUCUUGCUGGUACUCAAGGACCUUAUGGUGAACAGAUCAGAUCUGAAGGUUAUUUUGAUGAGCGCUACACUCAAUGCCGACCUCUUCUCUCAGUACUUCCACCACAGUCCUGUCAUCCACAUACCAGGCCGCACUUUUCCCGUGGAACAGUUUUUCCUUGAGGAUGCCAUUGCAAAGACAAGGUAUGUGAUUGAAGAUGGCAGUCCCUACCGUCGCUCAGGGAAACAGGGCGGCCCGCCCGGACAAGGGGCCAGGGCGGGAAGGGGACAGGAACCGGUGGAUUAUACGGAUGACGGCAACUGGUCGUUCGGGUCAUUCAUGAAAAAAGAAGCGGUCAAAGACAACAUCCCUGAUCAACAGCUUAGUCUGCAGGAGCUCAGCAUCCGAUAUUCAGACUGUUCAAAAUCAGUGCUGAAAACACUAGCAGCCAUGGAUCUGGAUAAAAUCAAUAUGGAUUUGUUGGAGAGUGUACUUGAGUGGAUUGUAGAUGGAGAUCACAACUACCCCCCAGGUGCUGUUCUGGUCUUCCUGCCAGGAUUAGCUGAGAUUAAACAACUGUAUGAGCAGCUUCAGUCCAACAGGAUGUUCAACAACAGGACGGCUAAGAGGUGCGUCGUGUAUCCGCUCCAUUCCUCUCUGACCAACGAGGAGCAGCAGGCUGUGUUUACCCGCCCUCCAGAGGGCGUGACUAAAAUCAUCAUUUCCACCAAUAUCGCCGAGACGUCUGUAACCAUUGACGACGUGGUCUACGUCAUUGACUCAGGCCGAAUGAAAGAGAAGAGGUAUGAUGCUAGUCGCAGCAUGGAGAGUCUGGACGACGCGUGGGUUUCUCGCGCCAAUGCUCUCCAGAGACGAGGUCGUGCUGGUCGCGUUGCAUCUGGCGUUUGCUUCCAUCUGUUCACAAGUCAUCGGUUCUCACAUCAUCUCAGCCAACAACAGCUCCCAGAAAUCCAGAGAGUCCCUCUGGAACAACUCUGCCUCAGGAUUAAAGUGUUGGACGUGUUUGCGGAGCGUCCUCUGGACUCUGUGUUCUCGCGCUUGAUCGAGCCCCCGUCAGAAGGCGGUCUGGACACAGCCAAGCAGCGCCUUUGUGCUCUGGGAGCCCUGACCGAGGCCGAAUGUCUGACACCACUGGGCUGGCAUCUGGCCUGUCUGCCCGUGGACGUCCGGAUCGGAAAACUCAUGCUGCUGGGAGCCAUUUUCCGCUGCCUGGAUCCCGCACUCACCAUUGCUGCCAGUCUUGCUUUUAAAAGCCCCUUCGUUUCACCAUGGGACAAAAGAGAAGAAGCUAAUGAGAGGAAGCUGAGUUUUUCCCUAGCUAACAGUGACCACCUGGCUCUGCUACAGGCUUACAAGGGUUGGUGUGCUGCAGCCAAGAAUGGGUCCCAGGCCGGCUAUCUAUACUGCAGGGAGAACUUCCUGUCCAUCCGUGGCUUACAGGAGAUAGCCUGUCUGAAGAGGCAGUUUGCAGAGCUGUUGUCUGAUAUCGGCUUUGUCAAAGAUGGACUGAAGGCCAGAGUCAUAGAGAGAGCGAGCUCAAGAGGGACAGAUGGUGUGUUAGAGGCCACCGGCCACGAGGCAAAUAUGAACUCUGACAACACCAAACUGAUGUCAGCGAUGCUGUGUGCCGCACUUUACCCCAACGUCGUUCAGGUGAGAGCGCCACAGGGAAAAUAUAAGCAGACGAGUAAAGGGGCCGUAAAGAUGCAACCCAAAGCAGAGGAGCUGCGUUUUCUGACCAAAAACGACGGAGCCGUCUACAUACACCCUUCAUCAGUCAACUACACGGUCCGUCACUAUGACAGCCCAUACCUGGUGUACCACGAGAAAGUGAAGACCAGUCGCGUGUUCAUUCGGGACUGCAGUAUGGUGUGCGUGUAUCCCAUGGUACUGUUUGGUGGGGGGCAGGUCAACGUAGAGCUACAUCGUGGCGAGUUCAUCAUUUCUCUGGAUGAUGGCUGGAUCCGAUUCGCCGCCUCCUCACACCAGGUGGCAGAGUUGGUAAAGGAGCUGCGUUGGGAGUUGGAUCAGCUCCUGGAGGAGAAGAUCAAAAAUCCCAGCAUGGACCUUAUUAGCUGCCCCCGCGGCUCCCGGAUUAUACACACUAUAGUGUCACUGAUCUCAACACAAUAA